GUCCCAAGCGCGUCUCUUAUCAAAGAAACACACCAACUGCAUUGAAUCAUAUCAUUAUCAUGGGGACUGUUUGUUUUUCAUGGCACUUUUGUUUGUUUUUCGCUCUCUUAUUUACUGGCAGGUUUGCGGGAGGCAAUGGGGUCCCAGAUGCUGAUGAAUGUACCGAAGGGACAGACGACUGCCACAUUGAUGCAAUAUGUCAAAAUACACCUAAAUCCUACAAAUGCAUCUGUAAACCGGGUUAUAAAGGAGAAGGGAAACAAUGUGAAGAUAUUGAUGAGUGUGAAAAUGACUUCUACAAUGGGGGUUGUGUCCAUGAGUGCAUCAACAUUCCAGGGAACUACAGGUGCACGUGCUAUGAUGGGUUCAUGUUGGCCCAUGACGGUCACAACUGUCUUGAUGUUGAUGAGUGUCUGGAUAACAAUGGAGGAUGCCAACAUAUUUGUGUGAACACAAUGGGCAGCUAUGAGUGUCAAUGCAAGGAGGGUUUUUUCCUCAGUGAUAACCAGCACACCUGUAUUCACCGCUCCAAUGAGGGUAUGAACUGUAUGAACAAAGAUCACGGGUGUGCACAUAUCUGCCGGGAGACGCCCAAAGGUGGGGUUGCCUGUGAAUGUAGGCCUGGCUUUGAGCUUGCCAAAAACCAGAAGGACUGCAAAUUAACCUGUAACUAUGGAAAUGGAGGCUGCCAACACACCUGUGAUGACACAGAUACUGGUCCUGUGUGUGGUUGUCAUCAGAAGUAUGCCCUGCACUCAGAUGGCCGAACAUGCAUCGAGAAGGAUGAGGCUGCAAUUGAGAGUUCUGAGUACAAUGCCACGUCAGUAGCUGAUGUGGACAAGAGGGUGAAACGGCGGCUACUUAUGGAAACAUGUGCUGUCAAUAAUGGAGGCUGUGAUCGUACCUGCAAGGAUACGGCGACAGGGGUACGUUGCAGUUGCCCAGUUGGAUUUACCCUGCAGCCUGAUGGGAAAACAUGCAAAGACAUUGAUGAGUGCUUGGUAAACAAUGGUGGCUGUGACCAUUUCUGCCGAAAUACUGUUGGUAGCUUUGAAUGCAGCUGCCAGAAGGGCUAUAAACUACUAACAGAUGAACGAACCUGCCAAGAUAUAGAUGAGUGCUCAUUCGAAAGGACUUGUGACCAUACCUGCAUCAACUACCCAGGAAGUUUUGAAUGUCUCUGUCACAAAGGCUACACCUUGUACGGCAUGACACACUGUGGAGAUGUUGAUGAAUGUAGCAUCAACAACGGUAGCUGCGACCAUGGGUGCAUUAAUACAAUGGGGAGCUAUGAGUGUGUCUGUCCACCUGGAAAGAAGCUUCACUGGAAUAAAAAGGACUGUGUUGAGAUGGUGAAAUGCCUCCCAAAUGCCAAACCAGCUCCUAAGGCUCAACUUGUCUGUAGUAAAUCAGGAGGAAUAGAGAGCUGCUUUUUGUCAUGCCCUUCCAAUACACUUUUUGUUCCAGAUUCAGAGAAUAGUUACACACUGAGCUGUGGAGUUCCAGUCCAGCAAGGCAAAGCCCAACAGAAACGCAACACAACACUUCCCAAUUGUGCAGAUUCAUUAGCCCCACCGAUCAAGCAGAAAGCUCGCUUUAAAAUUAAAGAUGCAAAGUGCCAUUUACGGCCUCGGAGCAAAGAAAAGAUUAAAGACAUUGGGAAGCAAACUAUUAUAGGAGGUCAAUUCCCUUGUACAGACAACUGCCAGGUGACCUUUGUGAACCUCAAGUGUGAUUCCUCCAAGAAAAAACGUCGGGGCCGCAAGUCACCAUCGAAAGAAGUGUCACAUAUCACUGCCGAAUUCGAAGUGGAGAUGAAGUCUGAGGAAGUCUCAGACACCUGUAACCUUGACUGUGUGCGGAAAAGGAUGGAGCAGAAGCUGCAAACUGCAAUCAAAACAUUGAGAAAAUCUAUUAACAAACAGCAAUUUUACAUUCAGUUUUCUGGGACAGAGUACGAAGUGGCUCAUAAGCCAGCUAAGGCUACUGAAGGACAUGAGGCAUGCAGUACAGGGCAAGUGCUGCAGGAUGGAAAAUGUGUUACCUGCAGCAUGGGAACCUAUUAUAGUGGAGAACAUAAUCAGUGCCUUCCUUGCUCACCAGGAACAUACCAAGACACAGAAGGUCAACUUACUUGUGAACCUUGCCCAAGUAACGACGGACAGGGAAUAGCAGGCGCACGGAAUGUGUCAGAAUGUGGAGGGCAGUGUUCUCCUGGGUAUUUCUCUUCAGACGGCUUUAAACCUUGUAGUGUGUGCUCUCUUGGUACAUAUCAACCUGAGCCAGGCAGGACCCUUUGUUUUCCAUGUGGUGGUGGGCUGGUGACAAAAUACGAAGGCGCCGUUUCAUUUCAGGACUGUGAAACAAAAGUUCAUUGUUCUCCUGGCCACUACUACAAUUCUACAACACACAGAUGUAUCAGAUGUCCUGUUGGAACCUACCAGCCUGAAUUUGGUCAAAAUUACUGCAUUAGCUGCCCAGGGAAUACAAGUACAGAUUUUGAUGGCUCUACUAAUGUUACACACUGUAAAAACCAGCACUGUGGAGGGGAACUUGGAGAUUAUACAGGCUAUAUCGAGUCUCCCAAUUAUCCUGGUGAUUACCCAGCUAAUGUUGAAUGCAUUUGGAAUAUAAAUCCACCCCCAAAGAGGCGAAUACUCAUCGUGGUUCCUGAGAUAUUUCUUCCAAUUGAAGAUGAGUGUGGUGAUGUUUUAGUAAUGAGAAAAAGUGCCUCCCCUACGUCAAUUACCACAUAUGAAACAUGUCAGACGUAUGAGAGACCAAUAGCAUUUACCUCCAGAUCACGAAAGCUAUGGAUUCAGUUCAAAUCAAAUGAGGGAAAUAGUGGCAAAGGAUUUCAAGUCCCAUAUGUGACAUACGAUGAGGAUUACCAACAGCUGAUAGAAGACAUUGUUCGAGAUGGACGACUAUAUGCAUCAGAAAAUCAUCAAGAAAUUCUAAAAGACAAGAAAUUGAUCAAAGCUCUCUUUGAUGUAUUGGCACAUCCUCAAAACUAUUUCAAGUACACAGCACAAGAGUCAAAGGAGAUGUUUCCACGAUCGUUUAUAAAGUUACUGCGAUCAAAAGUUUCCAGAUUUCUACGACCAUACAAAUAGCUUCCUAGUGAUAUUCAAUUUGGGGUUAUUUUGCAUUCCUGUCAAAUACUGUAUUUUACUCCACAGUAGAAACAUUUGCUAAUUGGAAAGCUAUAUUUUGCAGUCUUUAUUUUCAAUUAUAUAUUGAAGAAUAACUAUAAUGUUUUAUAAUUGUUAAAAGCCAAUAUUCUGAAUGGGAUUUUUACUACAAAGAAGAAUACUUGUGGAUCCUUGAGUGCAUCCAAUUGAAGAUCCAAAUUUGUGUCUGCACUAGUGUGUCUUCAUGUUUCAUUUGAAAAUGUUUGUUUUAGAAAGUAUAUUUUCUAAGCCUUUUUAUUUUCUAGCAAAAAUAGUUUUCUUCUAAGCAAAGAAGAAACCUGUUCAACCUGGUUAAACAAACUACCUGUUUUGUGAUAGAAAGGAGUAUGUAGCAUAAAUACUAUUUGGAUUUUGAAUUGCACUUGAACUUUAUAUUUGAAAUUUUAGAAGAGAACAAAAAAAAAUCUAAAUUUUGUUAUUUCCCAUUUGUGGUUUUGUGGAGACUUUGUUCUAGUAUAAACCAAAAAAAAAAGGGGGGGGAAAGGAAGUAAAAAAAAGGAAAUGGAUGUAUAAUUUUGUUUUAUGGAUUAUACAAGAUUGAAUCCCAUGCCUUCUCUGUUUUAUCUGCCCUAUUAUAGCCUUCUUCAAAGGUCUACCACUACCUGUCCUGCUGCGGAUACAGUCAUGGAAUUUUGUAUGCCAUUGGGUCUCUUUGAAGACUUUUACAAUAGGGUGGAUGAGAAACAAAGAAAAAAAAGUAGUAGUCUGUUUUUAUUUUCCUUAUUAGAGCAUCUAAUUAAGUACAAUAUAUAAAUAUAUAAAUAUAUACUUCUAUUUGUGGGUACAUUAGUAAUAUUAUCUUUAGUUACUGUAAAUAUUACUCAGGCUUAAAUCUCUACUCCCACGCACAGUAUUUACUCGUAUCUAUUUGUGACUUCAUUUAGAUGAUUAAAUAACUUCUCUGAGUGCUUGUAACUUCUGUUUAUCCCAAACUGAAGUAUCUUUGAAUUUUAUGAUACAAGAAAAGAAUAACUUUCACUUAGACAGUCUUGUCAAGCAUAAAUUAUUCGGUGGAAGGAUGAGAGAUUUUAGUUAAUGUAAAAUUCAUUUUGCUAACUACUUUACAGUAUCUCAUUCAGCAAAUAGUCCUAUUCUUCCUCCUUAUUCAGGUACUCCUUACAUCAAAAUCAAUGGGAGUUACUACUGAGAAAGAAGCAAUGAAUAGGACUUCAGGAGAGAUUAACUUUUACAUUAGAUUUGCCAUCUCCAAAUCAUUACAGAAAUAUACCUCUUGUAUAAGCCAAAUUUCUAAAGGGAAAAAAACAGAAAUAAUUUUUGCAAUCCAUCUGAAAUAUUUUUAAAUUAAUUAAAUAUACACGAGUAGCCUAAUCCUACAUUCCUUGGCCAUCCAAAACUCCCGCUUACUUCAGUAGCAGAUUCACACCUAAAACAUCCAUUAGCUUCACAGGAACAUAAGAAAUGUCCAUAGUAGGUCAGAUUAGCAGCCAUCUUCUGAGAGCAACAAAUACUAGAUGCAUGCGAAGAAGGUGCAAGAAUCCUGUAAUCCCCAUCAAUUCACUGACAUAACAGUGGAUUUCAAUGAGAGAUUGUAUAUUUUUGUUAGCACCAUGGCCACUGCAUUUUUCAGUUCCUUCAGAACUCUUGGACGUGUACCACCUGGGGCCUGGUAAUUUGUUUAAUUUCCUAGGGAAGUUUACCACCCUCCCCUUCGUCCCUCCUCUUUAUUAUCUAAGGAGAGUAGGUAUCACCCCAAUAUCUCUUGUGGUGAAGACUGUGGCAAAUAAAUCAUUUAACUUUGCUUUUCUACUGUUCCCUUAUCUCUCUGAUAAUCCAAGAGACCUAUGAAUUCUCUCAAAGACUUCAUGCUUCUGAUAUAUACUUUGAAGAUGUUUUACACUAAUUUAUAUGCAUAUGUUUUUUUCUGGCUAAUCACUCUUCAAACUCCUAUUUGGCUUUCUUAAUUUCCAAUUUACAUUUUACAGGCAAUAAUUUCUGUUCCUUUCUCCUGGCUACAGUUGAACUGGAUUGCCACUUCCUGAAAGAUACCUGUUUGGUUUGAAUCCCGUUUUUUAAUCUGGCCAUUUAGCCAUUUGGGGGAGAGGAUGAUGAACUUAAUUUUUUAACUCAUCACUAUUGCCUAGUAGGAGUCCAAGUAUGGGUGUCCCAAGGAAUGUAUGAUCCGUGCUCGCCCUAGUGGGUUUGUAGAAUGGAAAAACCAUUUGCUAAAUGUAGGGAGGCGUGGGCUAGUAGAAAUGCUAAUAAUUAUACAUAGUUUGUACAAUAAAGUGCAGUGAAUAAUAUGAGAAUCUAUAUAGAUGAUCACAAAUAUACAUGUAUAAAUCUGAAAGCUCAAAGACCACUACAAAGAAACAUAAUAUUUCAGAGUGAUGUGAACAUUGCAAAGGUGUCCCAGAGGUUAUCCAAAAUGGUUGAACUGGUCAUGAUUACCGCAAUCCAACUUAAAGAUAUUGGAAAACUGACUGAAAUUUUCAAAAGAAGACACACAAUUUAAAGAAAUGAUAUAACACCAUGAUUUCCUGAAGGCUGCACAUUGUUCUCUGAACUUUCAAACUGCAUUUCUCAGUCUAAGGAAAUAAGUCUGGGUCUAAUGCUGCGCAGUACUGAAUGUCUCAUGCAGACUAUGUGGCACCUAAAACUCCCAUUCAGCAACUCGCAGGAUUGGUCCCAACAUCACUGUAAAAUAUUACUGGCCUGCAGGACAAAUGAUUUUUUUUGCAGCACAGCACAAGGUAAUUUCCCUUGCAGGUCAGGAAUUCCUUUGUAGUUCAGUAAUGCUUUUAGGGCUUUCAGUUACACUGGUAUGAAGCCAGGACAAGGGCUUGUCUACACUAGGGAGUUGCCCUGAUCACGGCCAUUGGUGGCCAGCCAACAGUAUAACUGGACUAGUGGAAACCACUAGCGGAAGCAAGCUAAACUAUGGUUUGCACUGGUGCAGUUUACUCCAGCUUAAAAUGGCUGUGCUACACUGGUACUUAUUGCAGUUUAACUUGUUUACAGUAGAGGUUUGUACCGAUGCACCUACUCUGGUAUCUGGCCAUUAACUGCUGCAAUCCCCAGUAUAGACCAGGCCUAACUCUGAUGAUGCCCUCCACUACAUGGAUGCAACACUUAUUGAUUUGUUCCAACGUAAUAAGGGUAGAAUUUGCAUCAUUGAUUGUGCUGCAAUCAAGAGAACAAUUUGGCCAUUACAAGUAUAUAGCUGACAUACUGAAUGUUUCUUAUACUGUAUAUGUAGAAAAUCAUAUAUUUUAUGUGAUGUUUGCGUUUCUCCUUAGAAAUGUGACAGGCAGAUGUGCAAAUUUCUAAUGAAAAAGGUUAGCAUCAAGUGGUAGAUAAUAUUUUCUAAGCAGAUUUGGGAUUCUUGUUGUUAAUGCAAGCUGGUUUUCAUAAAAACACAUAUAAUGUUUCACUUAUAUGAUAAAAGUAAAAAUUGCUAUUAAAAAUCACCAUCCAAAAGUAUAGUAUGUGUGAGGGCUUUG